AUGGGCUCGACCUGCGGUCAUUCCUUGAACGGCGACCCUCCACCGGCACUCUCCAACUAUCGAGGCCUGGAUCCACCAGAACUCAAUCUUUCUACGCAAACAACCGACCCUCAGGCAUAUCAGCUAGCGAGGCCGCUCCCACUGUACGGAAAUUUAGCCAAAUAUCUCCCUGAAGAUGUUAGCAUUUACCUCUUGUACCAAGACAAGAAGGCUACACCCAACGCGGAGCCGCGCAGGGUUAGGUGGAUUAUUUUCGACGGCGGUGGAGCCAAAAUAAAUUCUGGUGUCGCUUCCUAUAAAGACCUACGCUUCAAGGACCGAGAAUUCUUCCAGCAGGUAACUUUGGGAACGGUUGCGCUUGUACCGUUACGCCGCAUUGGUGAGGAGGAGUAUAUUUGUUUUUCUCCUCUGGGGGAUAAACCAUCUGCCCACGAUUCAUACGACACGGACAUGAAUGACAGUGCUUCGCUGUUCAUUGGAAUGCUUGUAACGUUCCAAGCCCGCGCAAUAUUUGCGGUUUCCCCAGUCGAUCGUCACCUGCUCUCUAGGCUCGGUUAUCUAAAGCAAGAACCUCUCGUGAGCCAGCUGCAGAGCUUUUUCGACAGCGUCUACCAUUCGAGGCAGCUAAUCAGAUAUACAUACGCAAAUAAUACUCCCGACAUCCGCCCCGAAGCCCUCAGGUUGCCUACCAUUGGGACGGACAGAUAA